AUGCUUUGGAAAUAAUUCUCAAGGAGAUCUAUUUCACCAUAGAAUAAGGAGAACUUAAAUCAACAGGUUAUAACUAGACGGAGAGAUAGCAAAAUUUCAAAUCGAUACCAUGACAACUCCUCGUAACUCACCAUCAUUGAAAAUUACCAAAUACCGAAAUAACCAAAGUUGAAAGCACACGAUCCCCUUUUUGAUGAGACUCUAUGGAAAUGCAAUUCAUAAGAUUUAACUUUAAAACUAUUCAAAGAAUCUAUAAUUGACAGAACAGCAGCAUUUAAAGAAAUAUAUAUGGUUGGAAAACAAAUUGGAUCAGGCUCCUAUGCCAGUGUUAGAUUAUGUGCAGACAAAUUAACCCUCAAAUCUUAUGCUCUUAAAAUUUACAAUAAAUCUGCCAUCUCUUCUAGUCGUUAAAAGUCCAUACUUCGUGAAAUUCGUAUACUGCAAAUGAUCAAACAUCCAAACAUCAUUAAUAUUUACAAUGUAAUCGAAACCAACAAUCACAUCAACCUACUCUUGGAAUAUAUAGAUGGAAAAUAAUUAAACACCUUGAAAGGAUAUAAUUUAAAAUAAGCAUUAUAUUAAAUAGCAUCAGCACUCAAUUAUUUACACGCUCGACACAUUACUCAUAGAGAUGUCAAAAUCGAGAACAUUCUGUAUUCCGAUGGCCAAGUCAAAUUGAUUGAUUUUGGCUUCUCCACUCUGUUUUCCAACUCAAUCAAAAAGAAGAUCUAUUGCGGAACUCCUAGUUAUAUGGCUCCGGAAAUUGUUACCAAGCAAUAUUAUAAGGGCCCUCCUGCUGAUAUUUGGGCCUUUGGGAUUGUCAUCUUCUACUUAACUCAAGGCUACUUCCCCUUCAAAGGCUCAAAUGAUAAAGAAUUAUUCCAAUUGAUUAUGCAAUGCAACAUCAAUUUCAAUUCCAUUACUGAUGUCUAUCUACAAGAUCUUUUGUAUUAAAUGCUACAGUUCGAUCCUGAAGAUCGCAUUUCCACAGCCGAAAUUCUCCUGCACCCCUGGUUUCUAGAAUACAUUAAACCUAUUAAGGUUAAUAGUAAAUCUCAAAAAUCUAGCUGUUCAAAACUCAAUUCACCAAAAUAAAUCAAUCCUUAUUAAUAAUAUUAGUCUACUGUUAAGAAAAACGAUAAAGCCUCCAUAGAAUAUUAAUUAGAUCAUUCCCAAGUGAGAAAAGGCAUAGUUCAAUCAUACAUGAGUUCUGUUGCUUCCACCAAAUCGCCAAUACUUCGAAGAAGAGAUUCAGGCAAUCAAACAUUUGAUAAAAGCAACAAUUUCUGA